GAUACGGAAGUUGAGAUGGGAAACCUUAAUCCCUACCAACAAUUUUUGUCUUCCUCCCCAGCACCCACCCGGACGUUGAACCGUCAGCGUUCUACUUCUUUCCCAUCAGUUCACUAUUCGGGUUCUCCAGAACAUCAGCCUGUCGAGCAACGACGUAGAAAAGCGAGUCCCAGUCAUCACCAUCACUCGCAACGUCACGCUCGUACCCAGUCGCAUCAACCGAAGUUCUCUCGACACUCGCAGUUGGUGAACCCCGAUGUUAUCGACCGCCUGGACGACGCCGGAGUGUAUCAGUACCACCAUGAAGGGCCCUACGAUGCUGUCUACCCCGAGCGAAAUGUGAUCGACAAGCUCAGCCCGGUGGCUGCCCUGCGCGAGUCUAACGCAGAGGCCCUCAAGGCUACCCCACAUGACAAAAUUGUGGACUGCCUCGAUAGUCAUCGCCCCCUCGAUGGUGUGGCUCAUUACCCCCCAGGUCACACGGACCCUCAGGGCCAUACAUACGAAUACGAGGAGGGAAACAACAUGAUGAACGACUACGGGAACUUUAUGCGCUGUCCCGGCAUGAAAUUCAAGGAUGAGGAUUUCAAGAAUGACCCCUUUUACAACACCCCUCAUCCGAACCCAUUUGCAAGUCUGCGAAAAAGAUUCAGUCUUCGUCGUCGUAACCGUCGCGGAACGAACUAGAGUCAAGUUGCGAGCAUUCCCGCCGGACUGUACCGGCUGUGAAAACCGUGCUCCUGCGUCGAUUCCAGGCUGAAUCGCGAGCGCGCAAAUGUCUGAUGACAUUAUGCCAAGAGAGAACUUGGAUACAUUUUCUUUCCCUGUAUUUAUAUAUACCGUGUUGUCUACUGUCUACCGGCCAUGGCUCCGGCGAAGAAAAAGACGACAAUCUAUGCUUUUUAAUCGGAGUUGAAGCACGGAGUUAAUGUCUGGAGGGGCAUCUUCAGUCGAUGCUCUUAUGAUUCAGGAUUUUGGGGGUCAACAUCGGGACGUAUUUUUGUUUAGUUUUUUGUUUUAGUUUUAUGUCCUGACUCUUGCGUCGGUCUGGUUACUUGACAGUUUACAAUUGGACGACGUAUCACUUGAUUCGACACCGCUCAUUCAGGAGGGAG